GCAGAAGCUGAGCCGCUGGUGGUCGUCGUGCCGCAAGAGGAGCAAGUCCAAGUGCAGCAAGUCUGGCAAGCGGCAGCUAGGCCGUCACGGCCUCCACGGCGGCCUCCACUGCGGCGUCCACGGCCACGGCCACGGGCAUGGCAUGAGCCCCAGCACCCUGCCCUCCAUGGGACAGCCCAUGGCGCAGCCCAUGGCCCACGCCGCCCACGGCACUAGGCCCACCCAGGCCAGCCACAGCCUCUGCCGCUGCAACCGCUGCAGCCGCUACCACUGCAUGGCCUCGUGCGCGGCCUGCGUCUCCUGCCCGCACAAGAAACGACUCCACACCCUGAGGAGCCUGGAGGAGCUGAGGAUGACGGCUGAGACGGUCCCGUCGCCCAGCGGCGUGGCGCCCCCUUCCGGCCUGGGCGCGGCGUCUAAGGGGUGCGCGGGGUCCAAGGGCUGCAAGAGCGGCUCGCUGCAGAGCCUCACCGGCCUCGGCUCGGCCGGCCUCGGACCCCAGCUUGCGCCCCUGACGCUGCCCUCGUCCGCCCCCGCCAUGGCGCCCCGCACGGCCAACCCGCCGUCGUCGCCGCAACCCCACUACGACUCGGAGUGCGCACGCAUGGAGGCGUGGCUGGACGAGCAUCCCGACUUCGUGCACGACUACUUCCUCAGGAAGGCGACGCGGCAGGUGGUGGACGCGUGGCUGGUGUCGCAUGCCACGCCCGGCGCGGGCGCCGAGCUGCUCGGCCCGCUCGUGUCGCCGACGCACCCCGGCCCUCCAGGGGGACACGGCCCCGCCGGCGUCGCGGGGGGCGUGGCCGGGGCCUCGGGGGUGGGCGCGCCGCAGCCGCCGUCCCGGAGCGGCUCAGGCGCCACGACGCCCGUGCGCAAGAUCUCGGCGCACGAGUUCGAGCGCGGCGGCCUGCUCAAGCCCAUCGUCAACACCAUCGACGGCACGCCCACGUUCCUGUCCGUGUGCGUCGGCCACCCCGAGAGCCUCGGCGGCGACGGCGGCGCGGCGCCAGGCACACCGCUGCUGUCGUGUCACGGCCACGGCCGUCCGCAGCGCAUGUCCAGGAACGAGCUGCGCCACCUGGACGAGAAGGAGCUCAUCUUCGAGCUGGUGAAGGACAUCUGCAACGAGCUGGACGUGCGAUCGCUGUGUCACAAGAUCCUCCAGAACGUGUCGAUGCUGCUGCGCGCGGACCGCGGCUCGCUGUUCCUGGUCCAGGCCGCCGGCAGGGGAGGCGGCAACUGCACGGAUGGCAGUGCGUCGCCAUCCUCCUCCUCCUCCGCGUCCUCGGUCUCCACCGCAGCGUCCACGACGUCGUCCGCGACGCCGUCCGCGACGCCCACCAGGCCGCGCAUGCUCGUGUCCAAGCUGUUCGACGUCUGUUCGCGGUCCACCCUCGAGGAGAUGGAGAAGAAGGAGGAGAUCCGCAUUUCCUGGGGGAUGGGCAUCGUCGGCUUCGUGGCCGAGAGCGGAGAGCCCGUCAACAUUCCUGAUGCUUACAAGGAUGAAAGAUUUAAUCGAGAAAUUGAUGCUAGCACUGGCUACACAACUCGGGCUCUACUCUGUAUGCCAAUUAAAGAUACAAAUGGAGAUGUCAUAGGAGUUGCACAGGUAAUCAACAAAGAAAUGGAGAGAGGGAAAAUUUCUUGUUUUACUCAAAAUGACGAAAAGGUCUUCUCCAGCUAUUUGCAAUUUUGUGGCAUUGGUUUGAGAAACGCACAGCUAUAUGAAAAAAGCCAACUAGAAGUAAAACGGAAUCAAGUUCUCCUUGAUUUGGCACGUAUGAUUUUUGAGGAACAAAGCACCAUAGAACAUAUGGUUUACCGUAUAUUGACUCAUACACAAUCUUUAAUUCAGUGUCAAAGAGUACAAGUCCUUCUUGUACAUCAAGCGUCUAAGGGUAGUUUUUCUCGUGUUUUUGAUUUUGAAGCCAAUGAUCUCACCAGAGAUGAAAAUGACCCUCGUACAAGCCCAUUUGAAAGCAGAUUUCCAAUCAAUGUGGGUAUAACUGGAUAUGUAGCAACAACUGGAGAGACUGUGAACAUUCCUAAUGCCUAUGAAGAUGAGAGAUUUGACCCAUCAGUAGAUGAAGGAAUAGGCUUUAAGCACAAAAGUAUUCUUUGUAUGGCUAUCAAAAAUUCUUCUGGGCAAAUAAUUGGAGUAAUUCAGCUCAUCAACAAAUUUAAUGACCUACCUUUUACCAAAAAUGACGAAAACUUUGUGGAAGCUUUUGCUAUUUUCUGUGGUAUGGGCAUUCACAACACACACAUGUAUGAGAAAGCCAUAAUUGCUAUGGCAAAACAAAGUGUCACUUUGGAUGUUCUCAGCUACCAUGCAUCAGCAUCCUUGGACGAUGCCAAAAGAUUACAACGCCAAGUGGUACCUUCUGCACAAAAGUUUCAACUUCAUGAUUUUAAAUUUGAUGAUAUUAAUAUGACACAAGACGAAACACUCAAAGCAUGUUUGAGAAUGUUCCUUGAUCUGGACUUUGUCAAUAGAUUUCAUAUUGAUUAUGAAGUUCUAUGUCGGUGGCUUCUCAGUGUCAAGAAGAAUUAUCGAAAUGUUACAUACCAUAAUUGGAGGCACGCAUUUAAUGUUGCUCAGAUGAUGUUUGCUAUCAUAACAGCAACACAAUGGUGGAAAAUAUUUGGAGACAUUGAAUGUUUGGCUCUCAUCAUAGCAUGCCUUUGUCAUGACCUUGACCAUAGAGGGACAAAUAAUUCUUUCCAAAUAAAAGCUUCUUCACCGUUAGCUCAGUUGUAUUCUACAUCCACCAUGGAACACCACCAUUUUGACCAGUGUAUAAUGAUUCUCAACAGUCAGGGUAAUCAGAUCCUAGGAAAUUUGUCUCCUGAUGAAUAUUCUCGUGUCAUCAAAGUGCUUGAAGAUGCAAUCUUGUCUACUGAUCUGGCAGUUUACUUCAGAAAAAGAGGAGCCUUUUUUAAUUUAGUCAGAACCUCAACUUACAAUUGGUCAAGGGAAGACCACAGAGAGUUGUUGCGUGGCAUGACAAUGACAGUUUGUGAUUUAGCUGCAAUCACCAAGCCAUGGGAAGUGGAAAAGAGAGUUGCAGAACUGGUCACUAGUGAAUUUUUUGAACAGGGUGACAUUGAACGGAAAGAACUUCACAUCACUCCUAUUGACAUAAUGAACAGAGAAAAAGAAGAUCAGCUUCCAUUAAUGCAAGUUGGUUUUAUUGAUUCAAUAUGCCUGCCAAUUUAUGAGUCUUUCGCUGUUCUCUCUGAUAAAUUAGAGCCACUCUGCGAGGGUGUUCGGCAUAACAAGCAAAUGUGGCUUCAAACGGCAGCUGAAGAAAACCCUGAAGAGUUGAAGGAAGAUGAACAAGAUGAGUGAUCAAAAAGACUGCAGGACUGUGCCUACUCACAGAUACAGGAGACUGUAUGAGGAGCAAGACUACAUCCAAACAAUCUAGUUGUUAUUUUGUGUUUUGCUUUACUUUUGAAUCUGUUGUACUCUCAUAGUCAGCAAAGCAAUAUCACCAAAUGUUAACAAUGUCCUUAUCAGUGAUUUGUUUUUCCAUCAGUUUACAUCUUUGACAUUUAUGUUCAUUGAGAAUUGUAGAAAUUUCCAAAGGCUUGUGCUUAAAUAUAUUUGGACUACUGCGGCUUAAAAUUUGUUAGUGUAAGAAAUUAUCUGCCUAAGAACGUAAAGUAAAUAAAAUUUUAGCAACAGCUAUCACACUGAAAGGGAACACUGUGAACCAUGGACGAAUGUAUUCUUUUGUCAGAGACCAAAUAAUAGUUUUAUCAUAAUUGUAAAUAUAUUUUUUUAGAUUAAUCUUAGUUGUAAAAUAGGCGUUUAUUUUAAAUAAACAAAGAAAUUGGAGAGUACAAACUAUACUUUAAGGAUUACUUUGAGGAUAUCUGGCACUUAUAAUGCUUUAUAAGCACACUUUAUUUAUGCAGUUUUAGAGCCAUAGACCUGUCUGUUACUUUUAUUUUUUAUAUUUGUUUUAUAUUGCAAAGUUCAAUUGGAAUUGGUACCGUUGGAACCAUAACCAACUGUUGCUGUGUUGCUGGAUCCAUCCUAUCCCUGGAGUUUGUGUUACCAAUAUAAUACCAAUGAAUGGUUUGGGCAAAAAAAUGAUAAUUUUGCCACCUUGCCUUGUAUAUUUGUAAAAAUUUUCAUAUAUAUUUUUUAAAUGGUUAAAGAUGUGUAGAUUUUCACAGGGCUAUGUUCAUCUAUUUGGUGUGUCAUAGCCAAUUCAUCUCAAGCCAUUGCCUUCAUUGUUGUGUAUAUAUUUAUUUCUGUAUAAUUAGAAUCAAUUAUACUGUGAUUUUUAAAAGCUUUUUACCUACUUGAUCUUAGAUAAUGUCUGUGAUAAUAUGACAUUUUGCUUGUGUUGGUUGGUACCUCAAGUCACAUGUACGUUAAAUCUGUGGUUAAUUGUGAUGCUCUUAUUUGCUGCUAGCAGUGACAUACUGGAACUACACUUAAUUAACUGUGACGUAAGUGAAAUUUGAGGCCCGCUCUACAAUGCAAUGGACUAGAGGAGUGAGCCGCUAGAAACAAGAAAGCGUGAGAUGGACAUUGGCCACCUAAUCUAUCUGCAUUGUCGAACAGGUUGCGUCCUAUUCUUAAAUUGGCAAACAAACUUUAUAAUGGUUUUUAAGGGAGUGUUGCUUCUUUACAUUCUGUGUCUGGGUGUGUUUGUGUUAAAUUAUGGAUAGGUCAUGCUCUAGUAUUUCACUUUCAUUCAAAAAUUAGUUUUAACCAGAUUUAAUGUGUAUAGAAAUACACUUCAGGUGUGACUCAGGAGUGUCCUUGUAAUACAUUUCUUAAUGUCUUAGAAGUGAUUAAAUUUGUUAAUAAGGCUUGUUCACAAAGCAAUGUUGUCAUCUGGCUGUAGCCCUUCUUUCAGCACAGAAAUUGGCUGUAACAAACAGGUCAGAACAGAAUGUCUUCUGUUCUAUAGUCUGUGCUGCGCUUCUGAGUUACAUACAACCUUAUUAGCGUUCUUUUUCAUUUCAUUCUGUGAUUGUAUAAUAUGUACGAAAUGCAAGUAAGUGUGUAACACAUUUAUCAAAAGAAAUUUUUAUGUAAAUCAGUAUUGCAUAUGGAGAUUUUGAAGAAAGAGUAUUUUCAUGUAUGUUGUGGGCAAUUCAGGUGUACAGUAAGUGGGCAAACCACUGACUCAAAGUUUACAAGUGUAGUAUUUCCGUCAAAUUGAAGCAUAGCUUCUCAAGGAACAAAAGGCCCAGUCAAAUAAAUUUCGACAAUUACUAUUUAAUAUGUCAAAUUAUAAUUAAUUAGGCAAGAAGCACCUUUGUAAUAAAUGCAGUUAUAGCUUCAUUUGCAGAAUUUUCUCAUUCUCAUUUUACAUAAGAAGACAAUAUUAAAUUGACUAAAUAACUUGAA